UGAACGUCGCCUUAACCAAACAGAUUCGCAGCAAACCCUUUUUUCUUUAGGAGGUUGUAGACGAACUGCUUUUAUUUUAUACCGGCCAGAUUUAAAAAGGGUUGGUAAAAAUGAGACCGAAAGCAGGCAUAAGUCCACUCCUGUCAGAGAAGUCGAUUAUCCAAAAUGACAAGGCAUAUAUCUUUUUGAUGUUGUUAUGGAACGCUCCUAAUUUAUUUUUAAUUCUAUGUGGGUCCAUUCAGUAUACUAUAGAUGUUCGGAAGCGUCCACUUAACGUUCGCUUUAAUCGAUUUUGGACUAUCAGGCUUAAAGUAGCCAUUAUUUUAGCACUUAUUUGGUGCCAUUUGUAUGAUGCUGCUAAAACAAAACAUUACUCUUGGAAUGCUCAUUCCACUACUACGUUUCUGUUUGCUCUCUUUUUACAUCUUACGGAACAAUCAACCUUGCGAGUUCCUAUGGCUUCACUUUUACUGUUUUAUGCUUUUAAAUGCAUUUCUUCUCUCACUGUCCUUUUGUUGAAGAUUAACUUUAGUUUCUCCUAUAUCUCCACGUUUUUGGCAGCAACAACUUUUGUUCUUUCGUUGCUUGCUAUACUCGUGGAAAUAUACGUGCCUCCUUCUAAUCGUGUUUGGUAUCCUGAGGAUGCUCACGAACUUGAGGAAACCGGUUUAGCUCCAUCAGAGCUUACUUAUGCCAAUAUCUUUUCAAAGUUAUUCUUUUCAUGGUUAAGUCCUCUCAUGAAAUACGGCUAUCGCAAUUAUCUUUCCGAGUCCAAUGUUUGGUCACUUCCCCAUGGCGAACGGUCUAAAGAUUUGGUUUCGACUUUUGAAUCCAAUUGGAUCCAUCAUUCCAGUAAGAAAAAGAAAUCCUCUGUUUUAUGGAAGGUUCUAUUUCUAACUCACUGGAAGUUAAUUGCCAAACUUGUUUGUUUUAAAUUUGCUCAAGAUAUUUUGGCUUUUGUUCAACCUAAUUUGAUUCAGAGAAUCAUCUUGUUUGUCAGUUCUUAUAAAUCUUCACAUCCCCAGCCUGUCGCCGAAGGUCUCCUACUUGCGAUGGCGAUGUUCUUUACAUCUCUUUGUCAAACAAUAUUGCUUCAGCAGUAUUUGCAAAUGGCUAUGGUUCUUGGCAUGCGUUGGAGAUCUGAGCUGAUUACGACCAUUUAUCGCAAAGCUCUCCGUCUUUCUAGUGCUGCUCGCCAGAGCCGGUCUGUCGGUGACAUCGUUAACUACAUGUCUGUUGAUACUCAGAAAGUUAGCGACCUUACUAUGUUUUUAUUUAUUACUGUUUCGGGACCUUUUCAAAUCGUUCUGGCUUUGGGAAGCUUGUACCGUUUACUCGGUCUUAGUGCACUUUCUGGUGUUGCUGUAACGGUUCUCUUACUUCCCUGUAAUGUUUUCAUCGCUAAUAUCUUCAAGCGUUUUCAAAACAUUCAAAUGCACAACAAGGAUGCUCGUUCUAGAUUGAUGACCGAAAUUAUCAACAACAUUCGAAGCAUCAAGCUUUAUGCUUGGGAAAAUAUAUUCAUACAAAAGCUUUUCAAUUUACGUAAUAGCAAGGAGCUUCGUAUGCUUAAGAAAAUAGGAUACAUCAAUACUAUAGGUAACUUUACUUGGCUUUUUGCUCCCAACCUUGUUUCUUCCGCUACUUUCGCAACGUUUGUUAUUCUUUACGGAGAAUCUCGAACUUUGACUGUUGAUGUUGUUUUUUCUGCGUUGACGCUCUUCAACCUCUUGCAAUUCCCCUUGACCAUGUUGCCGGUUAUUGUUAGUUCCAUCUUGGAGGCUACUGUUGCAGUUUCUCGUAUUUUCAGCUUUUUGGUUUCUUCCGAAUUAGAUCCUGAUGCUGUUCAGGUUUAUCCUGCUGUUGAAGAACCCGGAAGUAUUGCUUUAGAGAUUAGAGAUGGUACUUUCUCUUGGGAAGAACGCGACGGCAAGAAGGUUGAUGCAGUUCUCCAAAAUAUUAAUUUACAAGCGAGAAAAGGUGAAUUGACCUGUAUAGUUGGCCGUGUUGGAAUGGGAAAGUCAUCUUUAUUGGAAGCUUGUUUAGGAAACAUGUAUAAGCUCAAUGGCUCUGUUUUUCGCUGCGGUAGUGUAGCUUAUGCUGCACAGCAACCAUGGAUAUUGAAUGCAACCAUUCAGGAGAAUAUUCUAUUUGGGCUUGAAUUUGACGCAGAUUUUUACGAAAAAACCGUCCAUGCCUGUUGUUUAGUACGUGAUUUUGAAAUUUUUGCCGAUGGUGAUCAGACUGAAGUGGGUGAAAAAGGUAUCUCUCUUUCUGGUGGACAAAAGGCUCGUAUUUCUUUAGCUCGUGCUGUCUAUUCGAGAGCAGACAUGUAUCUUUUGGACGAUGUUUUAUCAGCCGUAGACCAGCAUGUUAACAAAGAUUUAAUUCGUAAUCUUUUAGGCUCUCAUGGUUUGCUUAAGUCGCGUUGUGUAAUUUUGGCUACUAAUUCUUUGACUGUUCUUAAGGAAGCUUCUGCUAUUUAUAUGUUACGCCGUGGUAAAAUUGUGGAGUCGGGUAGUUUUGCUCAAUUAUCAACAUCCCCUGACGCUCAACUUUUCCAGCUACUUUCGGAUCAUAGCAUGACUGACAGUGCCAAUCUUAGUGAAAGCAAAUCUUCUCUUUCUUUGACACCAUCUGGGAGCGGUUACUCUACUGAUGUGAAGAGCCUGAGCCGCUCAUCGAGCAUUGUUAGUAACUAUCCAAAGGCAGUUCUGAAGAAGAGCGGUCGUCUUCGUGAGAAGCUUACUGAUGAUGAUCUCGGUAAAGUUACCAAGCAAACAGUUGAAACAUCUCAAAAAGGUCAAGUGAAAUGGCAGGUAUACUGGACUUAUUUCAAAGCUUGUUCGUUUUGGUUCAUUGCUUUGUAUUUCUUUUGCAUUAUUGGUGGUAUCGGUAUGAAUGUUGGAACGAAUGUGUGGCUCAAGCAUUGGAGUGAGGUUAAUACCAAUGCUGGGUACAACCCUAGGGCAUACUACUAUUUGCUUGUAUAUGUGCUCUUUGGUUUAUUGUCAUGUGGCUUGGUUUCCUAUAGUAGUUUGGUAAUAACUGUUCAUUGCGCCAUACGUGCCUGUAAAGCACUUCAUGAUGCGAUGAUACGCUCUGUUCUACGUGCUCCUAUGAGCUUUUUUGAGACUACACCAACUGGCCGGAUAUUGAACCGAUUUUCAAGUGAUGUAUUUCGCGUGGACGAGGUAAUUUCCCGAGUGCUCAUGUCUUUCUUCCGUAACCUUUUCCAGAUUGUUUUUGUGGUGGGUGUCAUUUGUUACUCUGCUCCUCCGUUUUUGAUUUUGAUCAUCCCUCUGUUCUUUCUGUAUCGUUACAGUCAGGUCUACUACACUCGUACAUCGAGAGAGCUUAAGAGAUUGGAUAGCGUUACGCGUAGCCCUUUAUAUGCACACUUCCAGGAAUCUUUGGGCGGUCUUUCUACUAUUCGUGCCUAUAAUAUGAUGGAUACAUUUGUAUCAGAAAACGACAUUCGAAUCGACACAAACCAUCGAUUCUGGUUCUUGUACUUUUGUUCCAAUCGUUGGCAAGGUAUUCGAGUUGAGGUAAUCGGUGCUACUGUUGUUUUUAGUGCUGCAUUUUUGGGUAUUCUUUCGGCUAUUCGAGGAAACCCGAAUUCCGGUCUUGUUGGUCUUUCGUUGUCUUACGCCGUGUUAAUUACUCAAAGUUUGACGUUUGUUGUCCGUCAAUCGGUUGAUGUUGAGACCAAUAUCGUGUCGGUGGAAAGAAUGUUAGAAUACAUGGCACUUGAGAGUGAGGCACCAGCCGUCAUACCUGAUCAUCGUCCUUCUGAUGAAUGGCCUUAUCAAGGAGCUGUCAAGUUUGAUCACUAUAGUGUUCGUUACCGUCCCAAUUUGCCAUUGGUGUUGGACGAUAUCAACGUUGAUGUGAAACCACGUGAAAAAAUUGGAAUUGUUGGACGAACAGGGGCUGGUAAGUCCACGUUGACUCUUGCUCUAUUCCGGAUGGUUGAACCUACGACAGGAAAAAUUGUUUUGGAUGAUGUGAAUACAUCUACAAUCGGCUUAGAGGAUUUGAGAUCUCGACUAGCCAUUAUUCCCCAGGAAAACCAAGCAUUUGAGGGUACCCUUCGAGAGAACCUAGAUCCCAAAUAUAUACACAGUGAUGCCGAAAUUUGGGAAGCAUUAGAAUCCGCAUCAUUGAAGGGAUACGUGACAAGUUUAGAAAAUGGGUUGAACUCUGCGAUUACAGAAGGAGGUGCAAACCUUUCAUCUGGUCAACGUCAAUUGAUGUGUUUGACUCGUGCAUUACUGACUCCAACACGUGUGUUAUUACUAGAUGAAGCGACGGCUGCCGUCGACGUUGAAACGGAUGCCAUUGUUCAGCGUACAAUUCGGGACAAAUUCAAUGAUCGUACAAUCUUGACGAUUGCUCAUCGUAUCAACACUGUGAUGGAUUCCGAUCGAAUUCUUGUAUUGGAUCACGGAAGAGUAGUCGAGUUUGGUCCUACAAAGGACCUUCUUGAGAAGAAAGAUUCAUACUUUUAUUCUUUAGCAAAAGAAAGUGGGUUGAUAUAAAAAGAAAAAAAGUGAAUAGGGAAAGUUGUUAUCUUGAACGAAAAAAAAAAAAAAAAAAAAAAAGUCUCCCCCCUCCCUCUCUUGCAUCUCUUCAAAAGGUUGUGAUUCUUCUUUCCGUCUUUUUGUGUUUGAAAAUUCGUCAAAAGUUGGUGGAAAGUUGAUUUGAUGCAGGAUCUUUUCUCAUGUUACGAACGAAUGGUAUUGGUUUGACUCUUGUGAAUGAAUGAUAUCAACUGUUGGUAAAGAAGAAUCACUCUUUGAAACAUGUUCCGACGUGGAAUGAUUUGGAAAUCGUGUGAAUAUGAAUCAACUGCUGUAUCAGCAGGUACAUAAUGAUGUUUAUGGUAUACUAUUUUGGAGUAAGUUUUUGAAAGGUUUUCUGUUUUUUUUCUUUUUCCGCUGGUUAGUCAAUCGUAUCGAACGGUAG